CGAGUAAAGCAUGUUUUUUUUUUCCGAGGUGGGCUUGAGUUGUUUUCUUCUAGCCAAUGACGACAUCUUUCAACCCUCCCACAAAGUUGCAUGUGCCUCGAUGCAGAUGUUCAUUUGACAUCAAGACGUGAAGGAAAGAACAAUGGCAUGUCCAGACAUACAGCCCACGAUGAUCAGAAUUUGUACUACAAUUUUGCUGUUUUGCAAACUUUACAUGGCACAAACUGGGAUUCUUCAGCAGACCGGGCGGGUAACCCGAGCUCACCUGGGUGAAAGUGUCACCCUGGAGUGCUACUUCUCCCAGGAGCAGAAGGAGAAGCGUUUCUACUGGUUCAAACAGACUUCAGGGAACAAACCCUCGGUAGUGGUACGGUCGCAAGCACACACUGAGACUGUUUUUUCUGAAGAUUUUAACCCUGCACGGUUCAAACCAGACAAAGGAAAGGCGCACUUCCAUCUAACCAUUGCAAAUAUAAGUCACUCAGACGAGGGGAUGUACCUCUGUGGAAUGAAAGUGUCAUAUGAGGUGAUGUUUGGAAAUGGAACAUUUUUGGCAGUUGAAGGUGAUCAAGGGUGUGCUGCUACCACAGUGGUCCAAGCCCCGUUACCAGCCCCGGUUUACCCAGGAGGCUCUGUGACUCUGCAAUGCACAGUCCUGACUGAGAAACCAGCGGAGGACUUCAGAGGUCGUCAGGAAUUCAGAGGUCGUCAGGAGGUCAGAGUGCUCUGGAUCAGACGGUCUUCAGGAGAUUCCCAUCCAGGACUUAUCUACUCUCCCACAAACUGCAGCAGUGAGUGUGAGGAGCACUGUGUCUACAGCCUUUCCAUGAAUAAUCUCGGGCCCGCUGACAGUGGAAUUUAUUACUGUGUCGUGGACAUAUGUGGUCAAGUCCGCUUUGGGAAUGGAACAGUGCUGGAAAUGAGAUCCUCAGCAUUGUUAAACACCGCAGUAAUCAGUUUGGGAGGCGUAUUGGUUGCAUGCAUUUGCAUUGUAGGGAUCUGGCUUAGCUGCAAUGGAAGAGAGUGUGAUCGCAGCACAGAAUCUCCAACUGAUCACUUUGAAACACAGGAGGAUGUCGCUGACACUACGCAGGUCAGUUAUGCAGCGGUUGAAUUCUCAGAGAGGAAACCCAAAGCAAGCAAGAAGAAGGAGAGGGCCACUGACACAUGGCGGUGUGUAUCCUGAUUAUCCACGUCAUGAACAGCCAACCUUCUAAACGUACCUUAAAACUGGCAUCGCAUAUAACAUUUAGGCCGAUCUAACCAUAGAUAUCUCACCAUCUGAUAUCUUCAUCUCCGUCUGACAAUUUAAUAUACUGAAGCACACAAGUCUACAUUUGUUUAGUAAAUGGACAGAUAUUCUCGUAGCUUGAUUGUUCUCUCCUUUGUACGUCGCUUUGGAUAAAAGCGUCUGCUAUAUGACUAAAUGUAAAUGUAAUAUGGUAUGGAACAAUGACUAGAAACAUUUUGUAUACAGUUACAUACAUUUGUAAAGACAAAAGUGAUGAUAAUAAAGUUAUGUUUUAUAAUAA